AUGAUUGGCGUAGCACAGUUCAUUAUUUUUAUAAUUUUGUUUUGCUCUCCUGAUAAAGGUUAGUGAAUUAUUGAUAAGAAUCAAAAUUAUUUGAAAUCGCUGGGAAGUAUCCUAUUGUGCUAAGUUAGUGAAACGAGUGGCUAUUAAAUAGUGGGUUAAUCGAACAGCAAGUGGCUGAUUGCAUAUGACUUAUGUAUUUGAGGGGAUUCAUUAUGUAAAGUUGGUUUGUGACAGAAUUGCGAUGAGUUCCAGCUAGUUUGCCGAGUUAAAUGGAAUAGAAUGACCAAUUUUAUCAUUGAAAGGCCAUACACGCAGACUGCAUAUAUUACAUAGAUAAUUAGUGUUAAAAGAAGCAUCAUAAUGCAGAGCCAGGCUCAGACCACAUCAGGAGCUGAGGCGCCCCCACCUCCCCCAACUCCAUCUACUUCUACACGCAAUCAACUACGUCCUGUAAAGUAUGAUUAUGCAGAUUCUUUCGCUUGCACUUAUGUGGUAUCAGUAGUGGCCGCUUCCAUAGCUGAGUUAACUACAUAUCCCCUUGAUUUAACCAAAACACGUCUGCAAAUUCAGGGCGAAGCAGUGAGUGCCGAACCGAAGACAGACAAGGGCGUUAAACCUAAGCAGUAUCGUGGCAUGGUUGCGACUGCAUGCGGUAUUGUCAGGGAAGAGGGCACAAUGAAAUUGUGGCAAGGUGUGACGCCUGCACUGUACCGCCAUGUUGUCUACAGCGGUGUACGCAUAUGUAGCUAUGACUUUCUACGUCGGAAGUUGGGCAACGAUGAAAACGGCCAUAUUACUUUGCCCCUUUGGAAGUCAGCCCUCUGUGGUGUAUCAGCAGGCGCUGUGGCACAAUGGCUGGCAUCUCCCGCCGAUUUAGUUAAGGUACAAAUUCAAAUGGAAGGGAAACGUCGAUUGAUGGGCGAGCCAGCGCGCGUCCACGGCGCCGCACAUGCUUUAAAGGAAAUAGUCCGCCGUGGGGGCAUACCUGGCCUGUGGAAAGGUAGCAUCCCGAAUGUGCAGCGUGCUGCACUUGUUAAUCUUGGUGAUCUUACAACUUACGAUACCAUAAAGCGAUUGAUUAUGAUCAAACUGAAUAUGCCAGACUGUCAUACAGUACAUGUGCUCUCCUCAAUUUGUGCCGGAUUUGUGGCCGCGAUUAUGGGCACCCCUGCAGAUGUAGUAAAGACAAGAAUAAUGAAUCAGCCUACGGACGAAAGGGGCAGGGGAUUACUCUACAAAGGCUCUCUCGAUUGUCUUCGUCAAACAGUAAAUAAGGAAGGAUUUGCUGCGCUCUAUAAGGGUUUCUUGCCAUGCUGGAUCCGUAUGGCGCCGUGGUCCCUAACCUUCUGGCUGUCGUUUGAGCAGAUUCGUAGCAUGAUCGGCGUUGCGGGCGUUAUUGCAAGCAUUCAUGCCUUUCUCAAGUGAUCGGGAUAGUAAAACGUGCUUACAAUUGUUAAUUUCAGUUUUAAAUACGUUGUGCCAAUCAUAAGUACGAACAAAAGAUUUAACAUUUUUUCUGUGCAUUAUUUAUUUUCUAAAUGUAUAUUAGACUGCUAACAAUUUUGCAUCUAUUUUGUUUUAUAUGCAUGCACUCUGCUGGAAAAUUGAAAAAUGUUUACGAAAAUCUAAAGAGACGUCAAGUGUUACAACCAAUAACCCUGGUCGAAAAGCAGCAACGAUAUGCUUAACAAUUGUCUAUUAUGUUAAUUUAUAUAUGUACGUGUGUCUACUCUUAAAAAUGCGACUUUAUUUACAUAUGUACGUCCGCAUAUGUGUUGAUGCUAAGUGAAUCAGGAAGGAUUGCUAUAAUUGCUUUUUACUACGUACAUAUGUACUUAAAGCUGAUGAUUGAAAUACAUAAUUUAUUUGAAGCCUUAUACACUGCACUGCAGAGUUUGUUUAAGUAAUUCAAGUGACAAUAUCUUAUUGUAAAAUGUAAAUACAAAAUAAAUUAAGUUUUUUACACAUAAAUAAUUAAUAAUCGUUAUCAUUGCAGCAUUUAUCAGAGAAUACUCUAUCUAAAAAAUUACAA